CAAUGCAAAGUUAGUUACUUGUAUGUCCAAAAAUCACAAACAAAGAGACAAUAAAUAAAAGUAUAGAACUGCUUAACUUUCUCCGCUCAUAACUCACUUCACUGGCUCAAACAUACAAAACCUUCCACAGUUUUUAACUUUGUAUCCAAGACCUGCCUGCUCCUUCUCAAAAGGCAUUUGCCCCCUUUAUUCCUCGUUUCUUUUGUUUCUUGUUUCCCAUUUUUUGUAAAUUCCAAUGUUAAUUGAUUUUACUCUCCAAACCCAACCACUAUCUCUUACCCAUUAAUUCUAACGCCAAAAAGAUUAUUGCUUUUUACUAUUUUGGUAGUCAGUUCCGUCAAAGUUGGUCUUCUUUUGUAGAUCAAAUAAAGAAAAACCUCAAAAGCUUACUUCUUUGUGACAAAUUUUGUUUCUUUGAAAUACUAUUUUGAUUUUAAGUGUAUGGCUCUUCUUCUUCACUCCAGUGCCUUUUGCUUUAGUGGUGUGGUUCAUUCUGUUACUUUAAAACGGUGCAAUGCAAGAGCUUCCGUUGGUUUCUCUGCUCCUCCUCUCGUUUCCAUUCCUAGAUUCAGUUUACAAGGUAAAGCAUUCUCAGGUGAUAGGUUACCCGAGACAAAAGACUCCUCCUUGGUGGUUUGCUUUGGGGAGAUGCUAAUUGAUUUUGUCCCAACCGUUAAUGGUCUUUCAUUGGCUGAUGCACCUGCAUUUAAAAAGGCUCCAGGAGGUGCACCAGCAAAUGUUGCAGUUGGUAUUGCUCGUCUUGGUGGCUCCUCAGCUUUUAUUGGGAAGGUUGGUGAAGAUGAAUUUGGCUACAUGCUUGCUGAUAUUUUAAAGGAGAAUAAUGUGAACAAUGAAGGGAUGCGUUUUGAUCCUGGUGCACGAACUGCUUUAGCAUUUGUAACAUUGAGAAGCGAUGGAGAACGCGAGUUCAUGUUUUAUCGUAAUCCAAGUGCUGACAUGUUGCUUCAAGAAGCUGAAGUUGAUUUUAAUUUGAUUAGGAAGGCAAAAAUCUUUCACUAUGGCUCCAUAAGUCUUAUAACAGAGCCAUGCAAGUCAGCACACAUUGCAGCAGCAAAAGCAGCAAAAGAUGCUGGUGUCCUAUUAUCUUAUGAUCCUAACCUGAGACUACCAUUGUGGCCUUCUGCUGACAGCGCCAGGGAAGGCAUUUUGAGCAUCUGGGAACUUGCUGAUAUUAUCAAGAUAAGUGAAGAAGAGAUAUCUUUCUUAACUAAAGGAGAAGAUCCAUAUGAUGAUGCUGUUGUCCGAAAAUUUUUCCACCCAAAUCUUAGAUUGCUGCUCGUUACUGAAGGUGCAGAUGGUUGCAGGUAUUACACUAAGGAGUUCAGCGGGAGAGUGAAAGGUUUAAAGGUAGAUGCCAUAGAUGCCACAGGUGCUGGAGAUGCUUUUGUAGCUGGAAUAUUGUCACAGCUAGCUGAAGAUUUCUCCUUGCUUCAGAAUGAAGAGCGACUAAGAGACGCUCUUAAGUUUGCGAAUGCUUGUGGGGCAUUGACUGUGAUGGAUAGAGGUGCAAUUCCAGCUUUACCAACUCGCGAAGCUGUGCUGAAUGCCAUCCUUAAGUCUGUAGCCUAAAGUAAUUUCCGUUGAAAUCUUUACAACACCAGUUUUAAGCCAAUUGUUAGGAUUGGUGAUAACCAAUAAUGCCGGUGUUGGUUAAUAGUAUGUAAUCUAAUUUGCUUAAAUAAUUGAAACAUUACCUAUCCAUUUCAUCCUGUUGUAAGUUAUAUCAUAAUCCGAGUGUAUAAUUAGUUCAAUUCGGCGGAUGGAUUAUAUUUAAGCUAUGUUUGGUAGAAAUAAAUUCCAAUAAAUUGUGGAAUUCAUUUAUGAUUUUGUGUUUUACUCCUUGAUAUGAAUAAAAAUGCGUUUAUUAAUUACUCAAA